ACCCAAAUUAGACCAGUAGCUCACUCCAACUAAAAUAUCGAUUGAUAGAUUAAGAAUAUCUGAUUGGGUAGACUUCGUUGCUCAAAACAAGAUGUAUGUCACGGAAUGGCUAUAGGCAGAACAGAAGUAAAAAAUUAACACAGUUAAUUUCUUUCUCAUGACAACAUUGAAAGGGACAGUGCGAGUAUAGACUAUUACACCUGCCUCACAACAGACAAUGGACAUUCCGACAGAUUACAGCUGAACCAACGACAGCUUUUCUGUUACGAGAACAAGAAUGGGGGACGCAAAGACCCGUUAUGAAAUGUCCCGAGCCUUAAUGAAUCAUCUUGCACCCAUUAGGGAGGAGUCUUUUCUCUCAUCCUCCUCGGGAGGAUCCCCCAGAAAUGUACAGCGAGUCCGUGUCAACAACCGGCCAAUUCUUAUCCAGACUCUACCACCAGAUCCAAGAAGAGCCCCUACACAAAAACCGAGAUCCGAACCGCAGUCCCGGAAGCCUGUGAGUCAGCCUGACACGUCAGUGGAUCAGGUGGUGGCCGACUAUCUCCAUUACGCAAAAUACAGCGCCGCUGUUCCCGUGAAAACAGAAUCAUGGGACAGCAACGAAACUUUGUAUUGUUCUUGCUGCAGUGAUCGUAACAGAGAAAAUAUACGACGCAAACGCGGCCUGCCUCCAGAAAAGCCUGCACGAAAGACUGAACAGCAUUCUCCCCCUGAAGCAGACCAUGGAGAAAGGUCAAGGUCGUUACGUCCGACUAUUCCUCCAAAUCAAAGCUGGAUGAGUUACCAACCCCUGCCAUAUGCUCAAACAUACCUCAAUCCAGAAUUCAACCGACCUGCUCUAGUUCAGGAGUAUCUUCAGAGCAGCAAGGGAGAUGACGAGAGAGCCAAAGUCAGGGUUCAGAUUAUGGAAUCCAACACAAAGUUUGAUCAAGCUAUGAAAAAGCUGCGUUUCACAACACAGAAACUUGAUCCUGACUUUGAUGAGACCAAAUUUUCAUUUUCAUGAUCAGCAUGAUCUCAAAAACACUAUCAUCCACUGAUUGUAAAUAAAUCAUAAAGUAAGUUUUUGCCUAAAAUAAUAAAUUUUAUGAUAAAUUUGAUUUGCGGGCAAUUCUAUAUGUUUGUAUUUUCAAAGAAGCGUGUUUUAAUAGGUUUGAUUAAUUGUCGAGUUCAAACAUCUCGGGAAAUGACAAACUUAAAGGGCUCCUCAGAACCACUUUUUUAUAUCAUUUCCUUAUAACAAUGUUGCUUACUAAUCCUUGGAAUAAAAGUUUGGUUCACUAUAGCCAGUAUUCAUAUACAAUUUGAUAAUGUUCAGAGUGGAGGGAGUUGGGGUUAAUGCUGUUUUGAACAGUAUUCCAGAUAUACCUGUUUCAUCUUGGUGUAGGAGGAAAGCCCAAAAUGAUGUUCAGACAUGAAUAUGAAUGUUUGUAGGCAAAAGUUCUAACAUUCCCAAUUUUUCACAAAUUAUCUACAAAUGUGUAGUGUGUACACUAUGUAUAUGUCCUUAUAGGUAUACAUGAUGAUCCGCUGUGAUGUUGUCCUGGACAUUUUAUUUUGCCUUCUUCUUAUCUGUGAUAUUUUGUGAUAUUAAAUAAUAGUUAAACCUUAA